AUGGCAACAAAACUAAAUGAAUUAUUAGGAGAAAAUCUCGUUCAACACAAUGAAUCUGGUGAUGAAACAAGUUUAAUAUCAACAAGUCAACUUGUUGGAAAAACUCUGGCACUUUAUUUUUCAGCUCAUUGGUGUUCACCUUGUCGAAAUUUUACACCAAGAUUAGCAAAAGCAUUCAAUGAAGUUAAUGACGAAAUAAAAAACAAAUUAGAUAUUGUUUUCGUUUCAUGUGAUCGUAAUCAAGAAGGUUUUAAUGAAUAUUUCAAAGAAAUGCCAUGGAAAGCAUUACCUUUCUCUGAUAGUGAUUAUUCGCAGAAAUUGGGUGAAAAAUUCAACGUCGGUGGCAUUCCAUGUUUAGUUGUUCUCUCUCCAUCGCUUGAAAUAAUAACUUUGGAUGGUGUCAGUGAAAUAGACGGUGAUUCAAACGAAGCUUUACAUAAAUGGUCCCAAGGAAAAUGCUUAUUUUGGACUCGUGAACCACAUGACAAUGAAUAUGUAUGGAAAGAUACUAGUUGUACUGAAUGUUUUAUGAAGCCUUUAGUUGGUUCACGACAUGGUUGUACAGAUCGAGAGUGUCAAAUUGAUUUAUGUGAAACAUGUUUAUCGAAAAAUAAACAUGAACAUCCUCUCAUUGAAUAUCUCGUUCCGAACCGAAAAUAUUCAUUAGAAACACUUUUAUCAUCGAUACCUUAUUUACUUGAUCCUAAAAAGGAAGAAAAAAUUGAAACAAAAACAAUGUUGAAAAAUGAUAUUAAAAGUGUUGGGUUUUAUUUUUCGGCUCAUUGGUGUCCACCUUGUCGCGUGUUCACACCAGAACUAGCUGAAAUUUAUAAAAAAGUCCAAAUGAAUUCUCAUCCUUUUCAUGUUAUAUUUGUAUCAUGUGAUAGCGAUCAAGAAUCAUUCAAUAGUUAUCGAUCAGAAAUGCCUUGGCCUGCAGCUCCAAUGAAUUCAGGUGCAGUUUUUAUGGCAUACUUUCAAUUUUCUGGUAUUCCAUCAUUGAUUGUUGUAUCAUCCGAUGGAACAAUUUUAUCACGUAAUGGUCGUGAUCAUGUUACAAAAUUUGGUGUUAAAGCUCUAGAAACAUGGUCACUAGGUGAAAAAUUACCUCGUCCUCCUCCAGAUGAAUAUGAAUGGUCGUAUGUGAGAUGUGACGGAUGUAAGAUGGCUCCUCUUAUUGGUCGAAGAUAUGUUUGUCCUACCUGUGGCAAUUAUGAUCUUUGUUCAGCAUGUGAGAAGAAAGGACAUGAACAUCCGCUCGUACUUCAACCGCAACCAGAUGAUUGA